AUGCGCCGAGCAUUCAGGGAAAAAAGAGCAAGAUCCCAAAUACUGAACGAUGAAACAGUUGCUAUGGAGUUACAGUCACAGUUCAAUAACGAGACUGAUAACAAUGUAAACACUUUCAGUGAUGAUCUUCCGCUUCCUAUGCAAAGCGAGAACAUUGUUGGAGGACAACUAGAUGAAACAGAUUGCUUAAAUGAAGUCCAAAAUGAUCCUGCAAGCACAAGUGUAGAAGCUUGGAUAUACGAGAGUACUGCAGAGAUAGUUGAAAGACUGGAAGCGCAGGUUGAUAAUUUGAGUCAGUUUUAUAUUGUCAUCAGGAGAGAAGUACAUUACAAAGGAAACUGA